UCUGAUGACAUUUAGUUGUUUGGCUUUAGCGUUAUAAUUUUAUUUUUGCUCGAACAAAUCUGUAAACAUAACGAUUAUAAUAAUAUGUUUAUGAAAUUAUAACAAUUUAUACGCUUAUAGACGUUUAAUGGAAGAUGUUGGUUAUAAUAUUUUUUAAUUAGGUCAUUCGUAUCUUACUAAGUUACUAUAUUGGUUACCGGUGGUGUGUGAAGUGAUUUAUAAAGUCUGAAUAAUAAUUUUAUAAAGGAGAGAGUACGUUGAUAUGGCCGAUAAUGAUGAUUAUUUAGAUUCGAUUGACAACAAUCAUAUAGACGGAGCCAACGGUUCAGUAAAUAUGACCGACAACAGCCUGGGAGGCGAUGAAGCAUCAGGCACAGAGGUUCCAGAUCUGGCUGCCAUCAAGGCCAGGGUGAGGGAAAUGGAGGAAGAAGCUGAGAAAUUAAAACAAAUGCACACAGAAGUUGACAAACAAAUGAGCUUGGGAAGCCCACCGGGACUUACAAGUCCACUCAAUAUGUCUAUAGAAGAGAAAAUAGAAGUUGACAACAGAUCAGUAUAUGUUGGUAAUGUUGAUUAUGGAGCCACAGCUGAAGAAUUAGAACAGCACUUUCAUGGUUGCGGAUCUAUUAAUAGGGUUACAAUAUUAUGCAAUAAGUUUGAUGGACACCCUAAAGGUUUUGCCUACAUAGAAUUUGGAGACAAGGAUAGUGUGCAGACAGCAAUGGCUAUGGAUGAAUCUUUGUUUAGAGGGCGUCAAAUUAAGGUGAUGCCAAAACGCACGAACAAGCCAGGCUUAUCAUCAACAAACCGACCGCCACGAGGCAUGCGCGGUCGAGGUCGCUCCUUCCGUGGCGGUGGCGGUGGUGGCUUUUCGCCGUACUUCUCCGUCUACCGGCCCGUGCGCCGCGGCAGACCAUUCAGGCGCAGCUCAUAUUACUUACCGUACUGAGUGCGGUAGAGGGGGGACUGAGCCCCUGUUCGCGAAGUGCGAAAUGUUAAAUGUGGAUGUGUGUGGAAUAGUUAAGUUAUUGUGCGAUACGACUAAAUUACCUCGAGGCUAGUUAAGUGCCGUUUCAUUUUGACAAGUGCGAUUUCAAGACAUGGGUUUUGAUAUCUGAUAUACAAUAACACUUGAUGAUGUAUAUCAAAAUCAGUUUUAGCCGUGUUCCAGUGCAGAUGACUUUCUGCGGUUAGGUUAAAGUUUAUGUGUAAUUUUACUUUGUCAAACUUUUUAUAAUGCUGAUUUCUAAUUAAUUUCUCGUUCAUCUAAUGCCAUGCUGUUAUAAAUUUUAUUCUAAACUUAAUUACGUAGUUAAUAAAGGUUUAAAUAUAAAAGCCCUAUUGCUAGAUAUAUUAAAAAGAUGAAGUGGCUAAGUAUUUUUAAUACCUAAUAUAAAUAAGUAAAAUGUUAAGACAUAUACAUUAAGUAACAUGAAUGAUUUUGUAAUAAUAAAAAGAUAGAAAUUUUAGACAGUUACGAUUUGUAACAAGGUGUUAAUAGAUCAUAGAUAAUAAUGAUUGACAAAUAGUGUCAGAGAAUAAAAAAGCAAUCUAGGAUACCUUUUCAGGAUAUUUGAGAAUAUAGUAUAAUAAUUUAUUAAAGCCUUCAUCUUAAGAGUUCCGUUAUUUUCGAGUACAUGAGGACAUUUAAUAAUAAGCUAUGGAACUUCUAUAUCCUUUUAAUAUACCCACCAUAUAAUAUAAGUAUUUUAAGUAUGAUUAGUUUUUCUUUCACUGGUUUUAAGUAACAAUGAUCCACAUAACAGGAAAAGUUAUGAUUUUUUCAAAAGUAUUUCAAUAAGAAGUCUUUCCAUCACCUUGUUACGGUCAGUUUUUGCUAUAAUAUUUUAUUGUAGCACAAAGAGCACAAGCUUUGAAAAAAAUGAAAUAAACACAAUUUAAUCUCUUACAGCAACCUUAGUUUAAAAUAUAAAUAUAGUAUUGCUAGUAAUGUAUGCAAAAUGUUCUCAGUACAUUGCUACACAUUUACAGUUAUUUUUUAGCCUUAUGACUAAUAUUUUGAAGUUAAUUGAAUUCAUUUUAAUGUGUAUUAGUAUUAUUGUGGAAGUAUGAAUAUAUUUUGUUAUAAACUGUUUAUAAUAAAAAUCGUUUGAUGUGAUAAGCAGCGACUAGUAUGUAUUCCACACAAACAGUAUUCAUUUUUUAAUAGAUAAUAAAAAUGUUAUAAAAUAAAAUGUCCUAUUAUUAUAGAGGCACAAACUUUUUAUAAUUUCAUAAUUUUGUGACAAUUAAUCACUUUCAUUUGUAGUAAAAUAUAUGCUACAUAUAGUUUAACUGACAAAAUCACAUUGAAAUCUAGUUUUUAAAAUUAUUGUUGAACAUGUCAUGUAAUGAGGUUUUGCUAGACUCCGAGAUAUUUAACGCUUACUUGAGGCGCGCCUUUGUAGGGAUGAUAUACUUGCAAAAUUUAAUACCAGGGCUUCGAGUAUGUUGAAAUACCAGAUUUUAAAAAAUUACGAUAAGUUAGCAAGUGUCAGCAUUCGCUCUAAUAUGUUACCUACAUAUAGGUGUGUUAAAAAAUACAUGCAUAGUGUCUUUAUAAUUUUAUAAAUAAGAGCGUAAUCGUAUUCACGACAGUAAUACUUCUAACUUAAAAGUAUUAUUAUUUUGCUAAUACAAUUGCAAUUGUGCUCAUUAUAUUAUGUUUUGGAUCGAUUUCAACUUCAAUUCUAUUCUAAUAUUUUUCAGGGCUGCCUGUGAUCGACGAGCAAAUACUUUUAUAAUUGAAAGUAUUUCCCGCCCGUUACAGGAUGCCGUACUUUGUAACUAAGCUAAGGUUCUAAAACCUGGUAGUAUAAAAAAUUCUACCCAAGUAUCCCUAAAGAACGCAUGUAAUCGAUAAAUGUUUUUGUGUCUGUUAAUGCAACAAAAAUGUAAGAAAGCUCAUUUCGAUAAUGUCCUGUUAUAAAGAACUAAUCUUAUUUAUGAUUUGGUAAAAGAAUGAAAAUCAAUUUUAAAACAAUCGAUACAACAACAAAAAAUGAGUUU